AUGGCUGAAACACAAUACAAGAACAUUUCACUACCAAAGUCUGGGGUAAAGGUCUUCUACCGUGAGCAGAAAGCAGCAUCCGAUGCACCAGUCAUACUUCUACUCCACGGCUUUCCCUCAUCCUCUCAUCAAUAUCGCAACCUAAUCCCACUACUGGCUGUGAAUUACCGAGUUAUUGCUCCCGAUCUUCCAGGGUUCGGCUUUACAGAGGCUUCCUCUAGCUUCAAAUUCACAUUUGCAAACCUCGCAACCACCAUCGGAGAAUUUAUCGAUGAACUUUCUCUUUCCCGCUUCGCCAUAUACAUCUUCGACUAUGGCGCUCCCGUUGGCUUGCGACUAGCCCUGCAGCGCCCAGAGGCAAUCACAGCAAUUGUCACCCAGAACGGAAACGCCUAUGUGGAGGGCUUUGGCGAUGUCUGGGGCCCCAUAAAAGAGCUUUGGGCGAGCAACAACGCAUCGGUAAAUCGAACCGAGGUCGCGAAAGCGAUGCUGACACUUGAAGCAACCAAGUUCCAGUAUGAAGAUGGCACGCCUGACCUUAAGCGCCUCGCGCCAGAGUCGUAUUUCCUUGAUCAAGCCUUGUUGGAACGUCCUGGAAACAAGGAUAUUCAGUUGGAUUUGUUCUAUGACUACCAGAAUAAUAUUCCUCUUUAUGAUGACUUCCAUGUUUACUUUCGGAACUCGCAGGUCCCGCUGUUGGCGAUAUGGGGGAGGAAUGAUAAGUUCUUUAUCCCGCCCGGAGCGGAGGCGUUUAAAAGGGAUUUGCCGAAAGCUGAAGUGCAGUUGAUUAAUGCGGGUCAUUUUGCUGUUGAAAGCGAUACGGAAUAUAUCGCACAAGAAAUCUUGAAAUUCUUCCACAAGCAGAAUUUCUAA